AUGGAUGUUCCGUAUCAGUACUAUUACGGCCAAGCGGGGCCCAAAGGUGGUGAGAUACCUGCACGGUUGGAGCGUAUUAGUCUCCAUGCGGGUGGGCCACUCACCAUUCAUCCGCAGCGGGAUUUACUAGUUUAUGUGCUUAGGACGAUCGUGAAGAAGGAUUCAGCCACCAACCCGCAGGCAAUAUCCGAAAUAGAGAGAUUGUGUAAUCUUCUGGGAAAUACGUUUCCUGGGCAUCUACUGCUCAUCACAGAUGGUGAUCCCUAUGCUGUCAGUCUUGUUUCUCGUUUCAUGUCAUCUUUUCAAAGAGGUGGUAAUGUUACUUGCACUUCGCGUGCCCCAAACUUGGUGGUCGUACGCACCGAAGAUCUCAGUCCACCAGCACUGCACUUUAGCCUCACCAAGUGUAGCGUCCUGGGGCCGAGCGGUAUCCUGGGUACGGUGGAAAGCGUGAGUGCCGGUGUCGCGUUAGGUGUUCUAAGUCAGCUUCCCGUGUUGCGGCGCGACCGGGUGUCCUUCGUCCCGGUAGAUGUUGCUAUAAAUAUCGGACUCGUCGCAUUUGCAGCUAUUCAAAAUAAGUUGAUCAAACCAACCUUCCCUAUUGGCGCGAGCACAGCAGGUAGUGCAGAUUCAAGGGUAGUCACCCUGGACGUCAGUAACAACAAUGCGUUAGUAUGGGGCAUGGUAAGCGAGUACAUCCUCGACUACUACGGCCGCUAUGCCAAGAAAAUCUCUACGAUGUUUCCGGCAGAGGGUUUCUUUAACAAUUCCCCUACGAUUCAUUUCGUGUUCAGUCCACAAGAUGUUGCGAAUUGGGGUCCCGAAGCAGUAGACUACUCACGAUAUGCAGAGAAGAUCAAAGUACAACGUCGUCGAAAGCGACUUCUGGAAAUCUUUCCUGAUAAAAUGAGGAUUUCAAAUUUUUUCUUAAAUUUAGACAAGGCCAUACAAAAAGUCGAAAAGGCUUUGAAACAUCACAACGGUGCAAAUAACGAAGGUGGGAAAAGCUUGUUGCGUUUGAUUUCGCUUAGAAAGGGACUUGUUAAUUGGAACGACAAGGAAGUGCAUGGCAACGGUCUGAAUAACAUCAUCACGCCCCACGCCUCAUCGGAAGAUAGGAAUACAGUCUUUGGGUCAAUUGCGUAUGAGGAUCUUAUAACACUUCUUCAGCGCACGUACCGCACAGCUCCGCAGAGCCAGUACGUUUCCUUAGACGAGGUAGAAUGGAGUAUGUACAUCCGCUGCAUCGCACGCAGUGCCCUGCAACAUGUUGCCCUAUGUUGGUUGAACACCGAGCAACUUUAUCGGUUAACCCCGCAGCUGAUGCAGCUGCCAAAGCCAGUCCACUCCUUUGUAAAUGACUUUAUCUACGUACCUGAAUCACGAGAGCCUCCGUUCCCGUCGAAAUGGCGUCAGCUCUUGGGGCCUGUUGAUCAUAGCAUCCGUGCAGGCAUGUGUGCGACGGGUUGUCGCGGUCCGAUGGUGCGAGGUAUAACCCCACAAGUACUUUCAGCCAUCCUCGAAAGUCCUUCCGUCCAGAAAGAAAUAUCAAACACUGCCAUAUCAGAAGCGCUAUCGGAGGAUAAAAUCGCGGAGCGGGCCGAGCGAUUGAUCUUGCGCAUCGGUGAUACUCAGAACCACUUCCACUGCCGCUCUAUAGGUAUAUUGGUUCAUAAGUUUCUAAACACCAUAUACUGCGCGGUUAGUUGCAACGACGGCACGUACGAGCGCCUCUUUCGAUGGAGCAGAAUGCCACGUGUUGAGCUCAUUUACAUUCCGUUGCAUCGUUCAUAUACCGACUUCCUCCUCAUGUCUGAUAUGCUUGCGUCUAUGGGUCUAUCCCCACCGCAUGUGGUAACCGGUGAAGACUUUCUUGGCUUAGGCAAGCUUGCAAAUCUAAUGCGUGGAAGCGGAUCUUUCUUCAUACGACGAAGUUUCCGAGGAGACGUACUGUAUACUGCACUGUUUAAGAAGUACAUUCAUCAGCUGAUGAUACGCCGUCUGCCGAUAGAGUUUUUUAUCGAAGCGAUGCGCAGCCGUACGGGGAAGACAAAGGCACCAAAAUUGGGAAUGCUCAAGUUCAUCAUGGAUGUUUUUUGGGACUUGAAGGAGAAGGGCUUAUUGGAUGAUGUUCUAUUCGUGCCGAUAAGCAUUUCAUAUGAUGAAGUGUUGGAAGCUAAGAUUUUUGCGGAAGAGCUUCUGGGCAUUCCGAAACCCAGGGAAAACGUCAGUAACAUGAUCAAGGCUUUCCGAAACCUCAAGCACCGCUAUGGCAACAUCCACAUGCAUUUUGGCGAUGCGAUCUCACUUAGGGAAUUCACAGAGACCUGGGAUCGGCGCCCACCUCUCCCGGAGUCCGGAAAGGGGCCCAGCUCGAGCAGCGCCCUUCACGAUGGCAGUGCCAAUGUUGACCCCUCCGUUAGUGGUCCUGUCCAGCUCACUGGAAAUGCGGAGUCCCGCAGCGAACAUAAGCCACCCGCGGCGCUGCUAGGCUCCCUGGGCUGGCAUAUUACGCGCAAACUCCAGGAGAAUAUCGUCAUCACCCCGGCGGCGGUGGUGGCCUCGGCCGUCGAGUGCGCCAUGCCCAUUUGUGAGGCCGAGGGCAUCGGCCUAUCGCUGACGCGCCUGCACACAACUAUAGUAAUGCUAAUAGAAGCAGUCCAACAGAGGGGUGGGAAUCUAAGUCCGAUAUUCUAUGCCCCUCCGAGCGGUGAUGGCAUGAAUGGUUCGACUGAUAAAACGAAGCCUUCGCAUUUGUUGGCCCCUACGCCUGACAUAUCACGGAUUACGCAACAAGGUAUGCAAAACCUUGGUCGGUUCCUUUGUGUGCAGUCUGGCAACACCGAUGUUGGUGAAGUGCUGUACUAUCCACCAACCGCAACAUCCCGCCUUGGUGUUCACAUAUCUGCUAAUCAGUUAGUUCACUUGUUUAUAGAUGAAGCAGUUGUGGCCGUUGUAGCGCAUGGUUAUGGUACGCUGGCUUCCUCUUCCUCCCAUGGGAGUACUGCACGAGUGGUAAAACUAGCUGUGCUAGUGGAUACGGCGCGACUGCUUCGCCAACUUCUCUCCAAGGAAUUCCCAGACUUUUCAAAGAGUUGCCCAGAUAGCCUUGACGCCUGGAUGCAACACGCACUGGCGCGGCUUCAAUUGGGUGAGGCAAUGCAAUGCGGACCGGACAACCAACAUCACGGCAGAGGCAGCGAAGCCAGGGGUAAGGGAGAUCUCAUUUCGGUACCCAUCACUCAGCUCAAUGAUUUUUUGUUGCAGCUCAUUUUCCCAUACAUGGAUAUCUUGUACAUGGUCUGCGUAGCGACGCAUGUACUGCUUGAAACGUUUCCUGAGCAACCGCUUUUCUCAAAGUUGAUGGUGACCGCCAUUUUUAAGACCGCUUUAAGCCUGUUCGAGGAGCAGAAUGUCAUCAAGUACGUGACUGUGUGCAACAAUGAUACAGUCAAAAAUUGCCUUGAUUCUCUUUUGGAGCUUCCUUUGAUGCAAAAUCGGUUAAAAAACACGCAGCCAGGGGGGAAACAAGGGGAACAUAUUCCAGAGUCGUCAUCCCCUAGUGGUAAGAACGUAUUCUCCCCAAUGAACGAGCUCAUUAGGCAGUUGCAACCUCUACGGUGGCUCAAAACCAUGAGCCCUGCUGAGGAGAUGAAAACAGUGAAAAAAAAACUUUUGCAUUGUUACGCGGAUGUGUGUGAAGGCGCAAAGUUGUAG